AUAACUACAUGUAGCAGCUUGACCAAACCUCGAUACCGCUACCGUUAACAUCUCUCCGCCUCAUCUACCCACCGCAACGGCCGAGACAUCGCACGCGUACUGCUCGAUACAGACUCUGACCACUGCGAGCUUCAAGAUGCGUACUGCACUGACCCGUGAAAGAUCCUUGGACUGCCUCCCUGAGUCCCCUGGUCGUAGUAGUGCCUGCUCGAAUCGCUGGGGGCACUUCGGACACAGAUACUCCCUGGCCAGGAGGAGUGGAACAUGAACAUAUGAUACAUAUCGUACGCGAUUCCUGGGGAGCCGUAUCUUUAGUGUUCCAACUUCCAUGGACCAUGAUGCUGGACCAUCAUCAAGACGCCAAUGGAUCGUCCGCCUUGGGAUUUGGGAAAACUCACCAUCGUCACUUGUUAUGCCGCUUGGAGGAACGCUUCUAAUUGGCAGAAACUGCGAUGCAAACGACCGUCCUGUCUUCUGCCAAGGCUCCAGGCCGCGCCUUGUCGACCAUCCGGUGAUAUUGUACCGUAUGAGUAGUAGUGACGCCGCAUGACACAUGACCUCUUACCAGCGAAGGAUUCUGUUCAACGAGGGCGUGGUUGUAUGUGACGCAUCACUACCUAUGCGAGACAAAGAUACACCGGUACACAGCCUCGUGAGGCGCUGAGCUCCAGACGCGAUGAACAUAUACGCGACCCUCCAUCUUCCACACUCAUUCUGACUGACUCCAACGGGCUCGCCUCCUCCUCCCCGGCAAGAAGUCUAUCAUUGGAGAAAUGCCCCUGUACACCCCGGCUGUGCUCAAGCACAAAUGGACAUGCUUACCAAACGAACCGCCAAUCUUCCGCGCUCCGCGCAACUCACCAUCCCUUCACCAUGCCUACCACCACCAUGUUGACUUCACACCGGUGUUGAAAUCGUAGAGUCCAGUAAGGAUGGUGUCGCAACUACCGCAGGCUUCAGGCCGCGGGCAUGGCACGUUCGCCAGCUGGGCGAUGAACUAGAAUAAGUGUUUGCACCAAAUCGUGUUCCCAGGAGGUCCUCGAUAGCUUGCUGUUAACAGGACAAAGGCUUCUUGAUCUGCAAACACUCACACUCACACACACAUACACAAGUACAGCAGUUUCCUUUCACACUGCGCUUUUGCCGCCAGAAACAUCAUUCUCCUCGUAACCUUGAGAGAGGGAGCUUUGAACCCGGCUGCCAUACAUAUAGCAUUAGACAAGAAACAAUUUCCUCAGUCAUGACCCUUACACCACCCGACUUGACUGAGCUAGGUGGCACACCCACUGGGCGAGUCAUGGCAGAGCGAGAUUCCAAGAAUCCAAUCGAAGAUAGUAUGGAUAUGCUUCGACUACUGGAAUACCCGCAACUUAUGGGCAGAACAUAUCUCGAUCACGCCGGGGCCACUCAACCAGCCAAAUCACUCAACACCGCCAUCUGCGAAGACGUUUCCCAAAACCUCUACGGCAACCCCCACUCUGAACACUCUCCCUCCCAACUCGCGCACCACCGCAUCCAAGAAACCCGUCUCAAAGCCCUCGAAUUCUUCCACGCGGAUCCUCACGAGUGGGAUCUCAUUUUCACGCAAAAUACCACGGCUGCGGUCAAACUCGUGCACGAUUGCUUUCGCGACCACGCUGCGGCUCCGCCAGGUGGUGGCGCUGGUCGCAAUUGGUGGUUUGGAUAUCACAAGGACUCGCAUACGUCGAUUGUCGGGGUGCGAGAGGGGACGAGAUUGCAUCGGUGCUUUCGGAGUGAUCGCGAAGUGGACUUGUGGAUUGAGAGUCGAGGGCUUGGGGGUGCGAUGGUUCAUGAUGUUGGGUUGUUUGCUUAUCCUGCACAGUCGAAUAUGACGGGAAGGCGACUACCUCUUGAUUGGCCUGCACGCAUACGUUCACGUGUCAAAGCAGAGACGUACACUCUCCUGGACGCGGCAGCAUAUACAUCCACGGCCGAACUGAACCUCUCCGACACCGCUCGAGCACCGGAUUUUGUCGCAUUGUCGUUUUACAAAAUCUUUGGAGCUCCUUACAUUGGCUGUCUGCUCGUCAAAAAAAGUGCGAGAAAAGUCAUGGAGUCUCGCCGAUAUUUUGGCGGGGGCACAGUCGACAUGGUCAUUGCCGUCAAUGACAGUUGGGUCAAACGGAAAGGUAAAAUCCAUCUUCAUGAACGCCUGGAAGAUGGGACACUCCCUUGUCGCCAGAUCUUCGAGUUGGAUCAUGCCAUUGAUAUUCAUCGGAAAUUGUACGGGCCAUCACCCAUGAAGCAUAUUUCCAUGCACACGACGCGAUUGAUCAAAAAGCUCCACGACGAUCUCGUGAGUCUACGACAUUCGAAUGGAUUGCCGGUGGUGAAGAUUUACAAAGACAGUGGAUCGGUGUUUGGGGAGGCUCACCUGCAAGGUGCGACGAUUGCUUUCAAUAUCCAAAAAGACCGAGGCGGGUUGGUCAGGUACUUUGACUUUGAAAAAGAAGCCAAUGCACAGGAUAUUCAUGUGCGAAGUGGAAGUCUGUGUAACCCGGGUGGAACGGCGACAUAUCUACAAUGGAGCCCGACGGAACUUCGAGAAGCGUUUGCGUAUGGACAUAGUUGUUCAAGUCCUCAGGCGGAGUAUUCGGGAAAGGCGCUGGGUGUGGUUCGAGUUUCUCUGGGGGCCAUGUCGUCGGAUGCGGAUAUUGCUCGUCUGGUGCAGUUUGUGCGGGAGACGUAUGUUGAUCGGGUUUACGAUUCGGGGGGUCCGAUCUGUCUUCCGGGGGAUGUCAUGGCGGAUGCUCCCAUAUCCACGAAGAGUCGUGCUUCGGCGAAAGGUUCGCAUGUUUCGGACCAGAAGGAGGUGGCUCGAAUGUCGUCAAGAAUUUCGAGUGAUAGUACUUGUACUUUGACGGCGGAGACGGCGCUUGAGCAGCAACAACAGCAGCAGCAGCAGCAGCAGCAACAGGUUGUCGGCGUUGUGGGUGUUGUGGCUCUUGCUGGCGCUGUUGCGGAGAGGAAAGGUCCGAGUUUUCUCAAGGCAGGCGACUUGUUAUUGACGCCAACAGCAGAUGCCAUGGCGAGGGAGGCUAGCCUGACGUCGAGCACGAGUAAUGUGUCAAAGGAGGAGGAAAUGUGCAGUAUGAAGAGUAAAGCAUCGCGGACUGAGAGACUUCGCAAGAGUAUUGGAGAGGUAUUCCGGCGUGGGUCGAGGAGGCAGGGUACACAUGUAUGGUGAGGUGAAGUGAGGUGAAGUGAGGUGAAGUGAGGUGAAGUGAGGUGAAGUGAGGUGAAGUGAGGUGAAGUGAGGUAAGGUGAAGUGGCUUGAUGAUGUUACGACUUCCUUUUGUACUCGUCUCAUACCUCUUACGGAGGAAGAUGUCGAUCUGGGUGCUUUCACGAGGUCGGGUGUAGGUG